AUGGGGCCCGGGGCCACAGCGCUGGGGGCCCUGCUGCUGCUGCUGGGCCAGGCCCCCCGGGGCCACCCCCACCCCCAGUGCCUGGACUACAAGCCGCCCUUCCAGCCCCCGCAGCCCCUGGCCUUCUGCCCCGAGUACUCGGCCUUCGGCUGCUGCGACGGCCGGCGGGACGCCCAGCUGAGCGCCAGGUUCCAGGUGCUGGGCAGCUUCCUGGACCCCGCCGGCCUGCAGAGCUGCGGGCACUUCCUGCGUGACCUGGUGUGCCAGGAGUGCUCGCCCUACGCUGCCCACUUGUACGAUGCGGAGGACGUGAGCUCCCCGGUGCGGGCCCUGCCCGGCUUGUGCCCCGCGUACUGCGCGGCCUUCUGGCUGCGGUGCCGCUCUGUGCUGAGCCUUCUGACCGAGGACCCUGCCAGCCUGGUGCUGGAGGGCAACCGCGCCCGCUUCUGCGGCGCCCUGGAGCUGGGCGACCCCACCUACUGCUACCCGGCGGUGCUGGGCAGCGCGGUGCUGAGCCACGGGCUGGGCCGGGUGCGGGAGGGGGCCCGCGGCUGCCUGCAGCUCUGCCUGCGGGAGGUGGCCAACGGGCUGCGGAACCCCGUGGCCAUGGUGCACGCCGGGGACGGCUCCCACCGCUUCUUCGUGGCCGAGCAGCGGGGCUGCGUCUGGGUCUUCCUGGCCAACGGCUCGCGGGCCGCGCGCCCCUUCCUGGACCUGCGGGCGGCCGUGCUCACCUCGCCCUGGGCGGGCGACGAGCGGGGCUUCCUGGGCCUGGCCUUCCACCCCCGUUUCCACGCCACCCGCACCUUCUACGUCUACUACUCCGCCCGCGCCGGGCCCCACGAGACCAUCCGCGUCUCCCAGUUCCGCGUCUCGGCCCACGACCCCAACGCCGCCGACCCCCGUUCCGAGAGGAUCCUCCUGGAGGUGGUGGAGCCGGCGUCGAACCACAACGGGGGGCAGCUGCUGUUCGGGGCCGACGAGCUGCUCUACAUCUUCACGGGGGAUGGGGGGCGAGCGGGGGACCCCUUCGGGGCCUUCGGCAACGCCCAGAACAAGUCGUCCCUGCUGGGCAAGGUGCUGCGGAUCGACGUGGAGCUGGGGCCCGACGCCCCCCCCUACCGCAUCCCGCCCGACAACCCCUUUGUGGGGGAGCCGGGGGCCCGGCCUGAGGUCUACGCCUACGGGGUGCGGAACAUGUGGCGCUGCUCCAUGGACAGGGGUGACCCCACCAGCGGCGCCGGGCGCGGACGCAUCUUCUGCGGGGACGUGGGGCAGAACAAGUACGAGGAGGUGGACGUCAUCGCGCCGGGUGCCAACUACGGCUGGCGGGCGAAGGAAGGGUUCGCCUGCUACGACCAGGCACUGUGCGCCAACGCCUCGCUCGACGACGUCCCCCCCAUAUUCGCCUAUUCGCACGAGCUGGGGCGCUCGGUGACGGGGGGCUACGUGUACCGGGGCUGCCACAGCCCCAACCUGCGCGGCCUCUACAUCUUCGGGGACUUCAUGAGCGGGCGCCUGAUGUCGCUGCGGGAGGAGGCUGGUUCCGGGCACUGGCACUACAAGGAGCUGUGCAUGGGCCAGGGCCAGACCUGCGCCUUCCCUGGGCUCCUCAACCACCACGUGCCCCACAUCAUCUCCUUCGCCGAGGACGAGGCCGGUGAGCUCUAUUUCCUCGCCACGGCCAUCCCCAGUGCAGCCGUGCCAGCCGGGAUCUUGUACCGGAUCGUGGACCCCUCCAGGCGGGCGUCCCCCGGACAGUGCGAGAUCAGCCCCGUGCCCGUCCCCAUCCAAGGGAAGCUGAUUCCCUUCCGCCCAACACAGAAAUUCAUCACACCGGCCCCACCGCCCGCAGUGACCACCCCACGGCCGGGCACCGCCGCAGACCCGACGGGAACAGCUGGACCCCCCGUGGCGCCUGCCACCCCCCCCCCGCGGGAGGCUGGGCACCACCCCAGGAAGAUGGGGCCCCGGAGGCGGCUGGGGGCAAAGGGCCCCGCCCGGCAGCUGCCCCCUGGCACGGUGCGGCUGGUGCACAGGGGUGCAGUGCCCGGGCGGGGCCGGCUGGAGAUCCUGGUGGGGGGCCAGUGGGGCACAGUCUGCGACGAUCUGUUCGACAGGCGGGCGGCCGCUGUGGUGUGCCGGCAGCUGGGCUACGGGCAGGUGGUGCGGGUGGCCCGCCGGGCAGAGUUCGGGCAAGGGGCCGCGCUGCCCAUCCUGCUGGACGAUGUGCAGUGCCGGGGCUCGGAGCGCAGCCUACUGGAGUGCCAGAGCGCCCCCCCCAGGCAGCACGACUGCGCCCACAGUGAGGACGUGGGGGUGGUGUGCGGGCACCGGGAGCGCCAGGGGCUGCCGAGGGGGAGCAGAGGGGACCACGGUCUGUAA